CCUCCGGAGCGGCUGGCUGCGGGCUGCCCCCGUCCCGCUCCCGGCGCUGCCCGCGGCGGGGCGGGCGGGGAGCCGAGGCGAGCCAGGGAGCGGCCCGCUGCCUCCGGGGAGCAGCGGGGGGAGGCGACUGGCACAGGCGCCUGGUUCUACCGCCCGCCCCUCGGCACCGCCGCCGUCUGCUCAGCGCUGGAAGCCCCGGGAGAUGGUGACACAUGAAGCGUGCGGGAAGGACCAUGGUUGAGAGGACCAGCAAGUUCUUGCUGAUCGUGGCCGUCUCGGUGUGCUUUAUGCUUAUCCUGUACCAGUACGUGGGGCCGGGGCUGAACCUGGGUUCCCCCAGCGGCCGCUCCUACUCGGAGGAGCUGGACCUCUUCCCCACGCCGGACCCGCACUACGUGAAGAAGUACUACUUCCCCGUGCGGGAGCUGGAGCGGGAGCUCGCCUUCGAUAUGAAGGGCGAAGACGUGAUAGUCUUCUUGCACAUCCAGAAGACCGGCGGCACCACCUUCGGUCGCCACUUGGUGCAAAACGUGCGGCUGGAGGUGCCUUGCGACUGCCGUCCCGGGCAGAAGAAGUGCACCUGCUACCGCCCCAAUCGCCGGGAGACGUGGCUCUUCUCCCGCUUUUCCACGGGCUGGAGCUGCGGGCUGCACGCCGACUGGACCGAGCUCACCAACUGCGUGCCCGGAGUGCUGGACCGCCGGGAGAGCGCCUCUGCUAAGACGCCCAGAAAAUUUUACUACAUCACACUGCUGAGAGAUCCUGUGUCUCGUUACCUCAGCGAAUGGCGUCACGUCCAGAGAGGAGCCACGUGGAAAACCUCCUUGCACAUGUGUGAUGGCAGGACCCCAACUCCUGAAGAGCUGCCCUCGUGCUACGAGGGCACGGACUGGUCAGGCUGCACGCUCCAGGAGUUCAUGGAUUGCCCCUACAAUUUGGCCAACAACCGCCAAGUGAGGAUGUUGGCUGACCUGAGCUUAGUGGGGUGCUACAACAUGUCCUUCAUCCCAGAGAACAAGCGGGCGCAGAUCCUGCUGGAGAGUGCAAAAAAGAACCUCAAAGACAUGGCCUUCUUCGGCCUGACGGAGUUCCAGAGAAAGACUCAGUACCUGUUUGAGAGGACUUUCAACCUGAAGUUCAUCCGUCCCUUUAUGCAGUACAACAGCACCAGGGCGGGAGGGGUGGAGGUGGACAAUGACACCAUCCGGAGGAUUGAGGAGCUCAAUGACUUGGACAUGCAGCUCUACGACUAUGCAAAAGACCUUUUCCAACAGCGCUACCAGUACAGGAGGCAGCUGGAGAGGAUGGAGCAGAGGAUAAAGAACCGGGAAGAGAGGCUUCUUCACCGGUCCAGUGAAGCGCUUCCCAAGGAAGAGACCGAGGAGCAAGGACGUUUGCCCACUGAGGACUACAUGAGCCAUAUUAUAGAGAAGUGGUAGCCUAGGGAGACUUUUAUAUGAACAGUAUUCUAGGGUUUCCAUAUAAAAAAAAAAAACAAAAACAAACCUGGAAGUAAAAUUGCAAAAAAAAAAAACCAAAAAAAAAAAACAACCCGUCAAAAAUAUUUUAUUUAAAAGCAAGUCUGUAAAACAGAAGAUAGAUUGCUUCCUUGAGCGUAGGGUCUUUUUACUGUUUCUUACAAGACCGUUAAGAUUCUUUAAAAAAAAAAUAAAUAAAUACAUAAAAAUGAAAAAAAAAAAGUUCAACAUUAUAAUGCAGAGAUAAAAAAAAAUACACAAAUGCAAUUACCCGCUCUUCAGGCCAAAUACAAAAGAAUGUUUCUUAUCUUUACAAUUCAAAUGCAAAUGGCAGAAGUAGGAUUUUAAAAAUCUGUUUAUCCCCUCAGCACAAUGAUAUAAAGAUGCAUAAUUUAAAAGGAAAGGAAAUGGAGGUUUUCAUGUGGGUGUUUUUGGAGGUGGGAUGGGAAUUACAUUACUUUAAAGUCAAUGAUAAACGUGACCAAGUUGAGGAUGUGCUAUCCUGCCAGGUGGUGGUCUGAGCCCAAGGGUGGUUACUGCCAGACAACUGAGCUCUGUACAAAGAAAGAAAGAAGAAAAAAAACAUCUGAUGAUGAGAAACAUUAAGGCAAAUUGACUAUGGCCUAGGAUAUGUACUUAGCACAAUGGUUUUUGUUACAUUGCACUGGUAUCACAUAAGCAUUGGGAACUUCAUCAUAAAAAUAAUAGGGAAUUCAUGCAUUUAGCUCCCAGAUCAGUUUCACAGUCAGGUCCUCCCCAAAAAAACCCAACAAAACCAAUCAAAUUCCACAUAGGCUCAAACAUGCACCCACAUUCCAUCCUGUUACCCUACACAUCUGCUCACACUGCCAUCAGUAUUACAUGUUAACAGCACAUGAACACCCAAUCCUACAUAACUAAAAAACAGAAAGAAUAAUUUAAAUAGCAGUACUUCCUGGUAAAUCUGCCUAAGUUCCAGAGAAGACUCUAGAAAUAAUCAGUCAUUAAUGGGAAUAUGACAAGGGGAUGAACCUGUUUUGUUUAUUUCUUUGUGAAAUACUGAAUGAGAACAAGCCUACAGAUGUACCUGUAUCUGUAUUUUUUCAAUUAUUUUGACUUGCUUUUAUCAAGAGAUAAUGGCAUCAGCCUGCAUCCAGUGAAGUCACUGGAAUUGAUUUAAGUGGGAACAGGAUGGGGCUCUCUUCCAGAGCUGUGAAAAUUUCUGACUAUGGGUCUGAAUUAAUUACGAGACAGUGAACAUUGUCUUUUGGCAGAGUGCCUGUUCUGCAGCUCUUUAUUUUAAACGAACACACUGUGUUCAUAAAACUGUAAAGGGGAAUCAUGGAUAAGGUUUUUGUAGUCACAGACCACUUUCAAACCAAAACCUUUUAUUUUUCAAUGCUGUUUUUCAAGGACUCUUGUAAGUUUAAUCCUCCGGUGUGAUGAUGGUCUAACCAGGUUUUGCUUACUUACUUUUGAGUCAUAAAACAACAAUUAGUUCUGUAAUUCCUCUUCCCACUCACCAAAUUAAUGUAUGGCUUAUUUUCUUGCUGUUGCAAGCACUUCUUUGGCUGGAAGAAUGGAAAUGAAGCAGUUUUUGCCUGUUUCAUGGGUCACUCCCUUAUUACUCAGUCUGUCAGACAUGAUGAGGUAAACUGUGGACAAAAUGGAAUAUGAUUUGAUUUUCAAAGGCCACGUUAAGUGUGGAUCAAAUACAGCCUUGAAAUCACCAGAGGAGAGGCAGAGAGGUAAUGAAUUUAACUUCAGCAUGUCAUUUUUCCAGUGUCCCUUUCCCAUCACCCAGAUCCAUUGAAGUGCUUGCUUGUUUUCUGGUUUAAUUCUCUCUCUGCCUCUGUGCACUUUUCCAGCAGUUUCAAAUUCAGACUGAGUUUUGCAAAGGAGAGGCUGCCUAAAGCAAAGGAGCUGCCACAUUUCUUCUACACCCUACGUGAUACACCUUGCUUUUGGAGAUAGCAUUCUUCAGAAGAGUAAAGAUGAGUAAAAACUUAAGAACAGAAGAUACAAACAGUACUUUGGUCUUAAAUACAGCCCUGCUACAGCCCUGAUCCCAAAUAUACCAAAGUGAAGCGAUGUCUUUCCUGUUGAUUUCAGAUGGAUUUCAAUGAGGUUCACAUCCUGGUGCUGCCAAAUGCACAGGCAUGAACCCAUCCAGCCAUCCACAAGCACAGUGAAACUUGCAUUCAGCUGGCACAAAUACUUCCUAGUGGUGUUGCUGUGUUUCAGGUUCUGUCAGUCCUUCUGCCACAAAACGGCCCCUGAUCCCAGAGAUGUGUAGCCUGACCAUAAGUAUUUCCUCCUCUCUGAAAAGUAGGAAGCAGAAUGAAGCAGUUUUAGGUUGUUGGCUUCAGGGCAGAUUGCAUUACAAAUCUACUUGGCUCAUCUCUGUAUUCCAAGAUUGGGAGGAGCUACAUCUGCUUGGUCCCACCCCUUUUAUGUGUUGCUCCAACUAAAGAAAACACUUCUAUUUUUAAAAUGCAAUUUUACUGACUGUUUAACUACAAAAAAACAAUAGACAAGAUAUUAAGAGCAACUGUUUAAUAUGCACAGUUUCCACCUUUACCCAAAGGCUUUUCUCUGUGCAUCUUAGCUCCAUAAUACACCAAUGGUGACUGCAGCUGAUCCAUAUUUCAGGUGCCCAGAAGCUGAGUUCUGGCAGUGAAUGCCCAGGCAAGUCUGCAAAUGCCAGCACUGACUUCUGAGAGCCUAAUUCUGCUUCCUUCUACCAAAAGGUGACAGUAAAUAGGACUGUGUAUAAUUAGGACCAAUAACAUUAUUCGCCCUGGUUUGCCUGAGUUGUUCAUGUGUUACAGGCUCUGAGCAAGCAGCUAGAAAAAUCCAGCUGGAUGGAUCUGUCUGCAGGAUUCUCUAAACUGGAGGCAGCCUCUGAUCCUAGAAGCAUGUCAGUAGGAGGCCUUGUUUCCAACAUUCUUUUUGUAAUAAAUUACAGUAACAAGCAAGUGAAAGUAAACUAUCUUGAAAACUGUCUUAACAGUUUCACUUCAGGCCACAACAGGAGCCCUGACCUCAGCUGAGCACUGGGGAAGAAAUUCCUAGAUUCAAAUCCUGCACCCAGCAAAUUCCUUGGUUUCUCCAGCAUUGAGAAUAACAGAUUUACACACCGUAAAGAGGUACUCCAUGGGAUGAGAAGGAUAGGUCACUUUGAAACAGAUUCUGAAUAUUGGAAAUGAAGAGAAUGACCCAAAAGCCAUUGUUCACCCUGGCUGCCCUGCUGGUCUGUUUAUGACUGUAAGCCAGGCUUUAAUUUAUUGUAAGUGCUGUGUGCCAGAGCAUGGGUUACAGGACAGUACUUGGCACUAUGCUUUAGUGGGUUUAAGGGAACCUUUUAAACAUAAUGUGAAUGUAGUGUUUUUGUGAUUUCUAUGUACUACAGUUUGAAGUGGUACAGUUUAUUUUAAGGACUAUUUGAUGCUACAACAACAUGAAAAAACGUAUGCGUAGUUUUCAAGUGGGUGGCAAAAAAAGGCCUUAAGGCACCUAAUCAGAUAGUACAAACUUGUUCAAUAUCUGCCUCCUUCUCACAAAUUGUUUUUCCUGUGACUUCCAGACACACUGAGACCUUCUUCAUUACAAGAAGUGUUUCUCCAUGGGCCCUGUCAGUGCAUCACAGUCCUGGUCAGGAUAGGUGAGUGCUGCAUAUAGUGAGGGCUGGUGUAAGACUGCAGUUCUUGUGUCUCUUACUGGAAGCUGCUGAGAGAGUUCCCCUUGAAUUCAGAUUUUACCCAGUCAGAUGCUUGUCCAUCCCACAGUGGUUCAGCUAGUGUUCCAAGGUCACCUUGUGAAAAAAACCUUGUGAAAAUGCUGGGGCUUAUUUAGGGUAUUUCUAAAGGUGUAUACAGUUAGCAAUAUUGGUGUGAGUGAGCAUUUUGGUCAGGCAGUUCCUGGUAUCAGGGCAAAGAUGAUGGCUUGUACCAUCUCUCUACAUCCUCACUCCCUGAAAGGAGGUUGGAGCCAGGGGGGGGUCGGUCUCUU